UCGUGCAAAGGUAAAUACUAUUAGUCGUACCAUGUGGCUUUGCGACAAUGAUCCACCAGAAUCUAGCGAUCAAGUUUUAUUUUUUUGUGAAGAACAAAUGAACAUUGAAUGUGACGAAUCAAAAGACUCUAAUCAUAAAAAUAACUCCAAAGGUUCUUCUGUGAAUCAUCAAUCUACGAUUAAUAAAUCUGAUAAUGAGGAACCAAAACAAAAGAAAACUGCAAACAUUUUUAAUUGGAAAAAAAAUAAAAAGAAUACAGAUAAUGUAUCUAAUCGUCGUGAUGUUGCGACUGGACCUGACGAGGACAAUCAGACUAGAAAAAAAUCUAUCGGCCUUGGUACUGAUGAUGAUUUAGAUCAAACAGGUCAUACAAUAUUAGUAAAAAUACAAAUGGAAAAUUGUUCCCAAUGUCCCGACAAUUCAAUAUCAAUUUUUUCACAUGAAACUCCUAACAAAAACAUAGAGCAGUGCAAAUUAAAAAAGAAGACUGUUGCAGUUCAGGUUAAUUUUAACUCAGUAGAAUCAGUAGUUGAGUCUCAUUGUUUAAAAAUAAGUAAUGUUCGUUGUUGUAAUAAAGUUACACGAACACAAAACAUAAAUAACAAUAAGGGAAAAAAGUGCAAUGGAGAUAGCGCUGAUGAUGACUCCAAUUCAUCGGAAUCAAAUCAAGUUCAUUUAUUAAAUGGAAAGAAUGUUAAUCAAUCUACAAAUGAUGAUGCAGAAAAUCAAGAAAAACCUAAAUUUCAAGGGAAAAGUCUUUCCGUUGAUAGACCAUCAAUAAAGAGUAGAAAAUUUUCAAAUGCAGUAAGUCCAUUGAAAAAAUUUAAUCGAUCUUCAUUAACUAUUACACCUGAUAAAGUUACUAUUAAUCAAAGUCUUCACUGUUAUAAUGGUCGUCCACCGUUUGCUAACAAUUUAUCGAAAUAUUCUCCGUGUGCCAGUCGAUUGGCUGCUAGUUCGAAAAUUCUUGGAAAUACAUCGCCAACAGCAAUAAGUCCUGAAAGUCCAUUACACGUAGCACGUCCCAAGAGUCCUCGUGCCACAGAUUCUUCGAUGGGAAAUUUUCUACAACCACUUUCUGCGGAAAAAGCUACACUUCAAACCAGUUUAUCAUUAAACAUUAAUCCGUUAAAAAAAUCUCAUUCAACGACAUCACGUAGUAGAAGUGUGGGUGACAGUUGCGUGACAUCUCCGACUAGUGAAGCAACAACUCUGAGUUAUUCACCAACUGGAACUGAAAUUGUAUCUCUUGAUGAAAUUGGACAACAAAUUCCAACUUCAAACAGUGUAUCAUUAUCGGCGCCUGACCUUAGAGCAUUACAUAAUGAAAAAUUAACGAUUUCUAUCAAUGUCCAAAAGGCCAAUCUUGAAACAAAGUGUUAAUUAUUCGCUAGCUACAUCUUGUACGUACACUAUUUAACUCAACGGCUUCAUAAAUAAUACAGCGACAGUAUUGGUCUAAAAUAUCCGAUCGAUUUUUCAUCUAUAUUGAAACUGAGAGUGAACGAUUAAUUGUUAUAGAUACCUUUCAACCUCGCUUCUAGUAACCCAUUUUUUGUACGUAAAAUAAUUUUUUAAAUUUUUUAUUUGCAUUGAGUUAUUCAUUUUUUACUUACUCUGAAUACAUGAAACUUACUAAACAUCAUCCUUUGUUGGAUCAUUGAAAACGCCAUAAGGAUGAUAUUCGUCAGAUACUGUGGCCUUUAUUUAAAUUACGUAUUUAUCGAGCUCAAAAGUUUUUUUAGUUUAUAAAUAAAUAUUAUUUUCAAUUUUAUAUCUGCAUGAUUUUUACAUCCAAAAAUUGAUAUAAAUAACAACGUAGUAGUGAAUACUAUUAAAGUUACGUUUUUAACUUUUUCAACUGUUCUCCAAAAUCUUUAAUUAUAUUAUUGUUGUGAACGUUUGGAGUCAUUCGGAUACUGGUGACCAUAACUGGAUAUCUGCGAGACUGUUUAAACGCGUUAACGUGUCGGAGUAAAUAUCAAUUUUUUUUUUUUUUUGGAUUUUAAAUUUGUAUAUAAAGAUGAAUUUCUUUCAAAUUGUUGUCCAUACAUAAAAAGGUAUUAGAGUGCCAAAAGAAAAGGUUGAAAUAUUUAAAACUGUUAAUAACAAUUAAUUAAAUUAUUUUUAAUUUUAAUUUUGUUUUACUAUUGACACAAUGCGUCGCAGGUUUGACUGGAGUCCAGCUCGAUGUAAAUUUAGCGAGAAUGUUAAUACUGCCCUACUUUCAUUGUCAAGCAUAUUUCUACUUCUUCUAGAAAUGCAAAUAUAUAUAAAAUAAAAAUAUCUUACUUAUAAUUAUAAAAAAGUAUACAUAUAAAAUAUAAAUAUAGAUAAAGUACCUAUCUACAUUAGAAUCGAUACUUUGCUAACCCACCAAAUAUACUGAAACAAAAAAAAGAACUGGAAAUCUUCCAUGCUAGUUUAGCAUUAUAAUUAUCAACAUAAGUAAUAAACAGACAAACUAGCAAUUACUAAAACUUCAAAUGUGCAGCAUUUAAUGCAAUUGUGUGUCUUACUGAAUAAACUUUUACACGAUAAUAAUGCAAAUAGCUAGGGACAAUACCAUUGCCAAACUUGACUAUGAAAUAGAUAAUCUUUAAUGAGAAAAAUAAUAGUUAAAAUAAUGGAUAAAUAAAUAAGUAUGUGUAUCGUAUUAGGUAAUGUGACCUUAAGUUUGGAGUAAUAAAUAAUUUGUCACUGAGAUGUAAAUAUAUGGAUACACAAGCUAAUAUUUUUUUCUACUGAUGUUUGAACAAAAAAAAAAUUACUCAAAAAAAAGAAAAAUGAAUACAGUUUCCAUCGUUCAUUCUAAUGUUUUUCACUUUCGCACGAUGAUUCGAUUAUUGUAAACAAAAUCGUACAGUUUAUUGGCGUUUAAAUGAUGUAUUAAAUUUUUGCACUAUAUUAAUAAUACUAUAGGUAGUUAAAUAUAAAUAUAAUGGUUUGUAGUUUUCAAGUUAAAACUCUGUUUUCCCUUAUAGAUUAUUAAUUGUUUAUUAAAAAUUUACAGUGAAAUCUUUGUUAGAUUACAGCCAUUAAAAAUUCUCUCUUUAUUAUUGUAUUCUCGUGAAAGAUUUAAGCAUGCAAUUCACGUUGAAAAAAAAUUUCAUUGAUUAUGUAUCUGAUUGACUAGAAUUUUUUUCAUUCGAUUAAAAUGUCUUUAAGACCACGAUUUAAUAGAAUGGAUGUGUUUCAUUAAUGGAAAUGAAAGACGUUUCUUGUACUUAAAUUAUUAUUGUUUAUCGAUUAAAUAAAAACUUUAUCGUGUAUUAACGAUUUUAUAAGGUUUUUAUUUAUAUAGUGAGUAGUAUUUAGAAAUCUCAUAGAACAAGCAUGCUUUAAAAAGUAUUUUAAUUGAUAAAAUUAUUGUCUUUCAUUAAUUAAAAUUUAAAAAUGUGAUUUUAUUACUUAAAUAAUCGCUUCUCAUUAGUUUCAAUUUUUUUUUUUUUCAAUGACUGUAAUUCAAUACAGGCUUCAUUGUAAUUCGUUACUGCUUGCUGUAAGAAUGUAUUUAUAACUAAACUCGUAUCAAUGAAAUGAUAUACAUUGAUAAGAGUUUAUUUCUAUUAAGUUAUCAUUUAAGAAAGUUUUAAUUUCUUCAUUCUUAUUGUAAUGUAUUCUCGAAUACUGCAUUAAUUAUGAAUAUAAAAAUUAUUCGAGAUUUACAAAUUUUAGGCUGAUUAUCGCCGAUUAACUGAAAUUAGUACCACAAAUGUAUGUCGAAUUAACCAUCGUUUGUAAUUAUUACACAGCGUGCGGCGUGUACUCAAGGCAAUCUGUAUGAGGGAAUAUGAGAUUAAUAUGUAUGAAUAUAAACGAAGAAAAAGUAAUAAUAAUAACAAUAAAAAUUAAACUAAUUUUCAUACUAUGUUAUUUGGAAUGAAACGGAUGCCAAUAAUUAUUAACAAAAUGUUAUAAAGUAUUGAUUUAUUUUUCCAACAUACGUUUUAAAAUUAAUGUUAAUCAAUUAUAAAAAGAAUGAAACCAUAGAAAAAAAUUUUAAAAAUCGUGUUCUCAAACUGUUUUAUUACUUUAGGCAGGAACAUUGUUGAUGAAAAAAGGCAAAACCAGAAAACAAAAAAAAAUGAUAUAGAAUUCACACUGUUAGUUGAUACCUCACAUUAAUCAUUAUUAUUAUUAUCAAAGACCUCAUUCCAUUGUCUCCUUAACUGUGUUAAUUAUUAAGCGAUAGUUAAAUUAUUAGUAAUCAUAAUGAUAAGAGAAUCAAGUAAUAAUAAUUAUACUGAUACGGUAUUGGUCAAAAAUAAUCCAACACAAUUAUAAUAAAAAACAUGUCAUUGUUUUAUGCUAAUUAUUCUUCAAAUAAUGUUUUUUUUUUUUUUUAUUUAUGAUGUAUUGUAAUUUAAAUUACAAUUUCAUCAUUACAUUACAUGAUAUAACAUUGUAACCCUUCAUGGAUAUUAAUGAGUUUUUCACUCAUGAAUAAGCUUAAAAAACAAGGAUAAAAAUGUUCCUAUUACCAUAAAAAUGAAAAAUUAUCCAAUGGAGUAAAUACUGUAAAAAAUAGCUAUCAAAUUCAAUAUUGUGUUGGAAUUAAUUAUCUAAAACGUCAUAAAAUGUAAAUUUAAAUAAAAAAUUGAUUUAUGCUAAAUAAUGAUUAUAUAUAAUUUAUUGAAAAAUUGAAUAUUAUAAUAAUCUAUGUAAUUUUGUGUUUGAAAUUUUUUUGGCCAUAACUGUAUUAUCUAAAGUGAUAAAUGGAAAAUAUCUAUAAUUCUUCAUGAGGGAUUUUGAAUAAACUUGAGUUGUUUGUGUUUCAUUUGUAAAGUGACAAUGAGGAUUUGUUUUAUUACCAUGCUGUACCUAUAAGUUAAUUAAUAAUGCAAUGUGUACGAUAGCAAAAUUUAUUCACUUACAAGGUAUGAAUUUAUGAGAUGUCGAUAUAUAUUCAUUGUUGUAAAUAUUGACGAACGAGCGUACGUUAUAUGGAGGUAAUAAGAGUAAAACAAGCUCAGUAACAAUCGUCGCAGAAAUUAGUAAUAUAAUAAUAAAUGAAAUAAUGUAUUGUUAUCAUCAGUAUAUUAUGUGCAUGUACAAUGAACUCGUUAAUUAACUAAAAUAUUUAAUAAUACAUUAAUUAAUAUAACCUGUGGUGGUUUUAAUAAUAAAUAUGUAAUAAUAUACUAAUUUCUGCGACAUUAAAUUUUUCACAAUUUUUUAAAAAUGAUCAAUCAACUUGUUUGCAUUUUACAUACGACAAGUAUAUCGUAAUUAUAAUGUGAAAUAAAACAAACUUCAUAAAUAAUGCAUUUAAUAUAUAAGUAAUAUAAAAUUAUCAAUCAUUUGUUGACAAAUCAAAUGUAUUUGUAAUAAUGAAAAAAGGAGAGAGAGUAAAAUUGAAUAACUUUCUUCUAAAAGUUAUAAUGAUGCAGGAAUGUUCAAGUAGAUAUUAAAAAUCAUUAUCCUAAAUCGUUGAUUGUGUAUAAUUACGAUGUGAAUAACAUAUAUGAGCACAAAACGAAAUUCUUUAUUAUUUAAA